AUGGGAAUAGAUUAUGAUGGUUCAAAGUCUGCUGAUUCUGAUAUAUUUGUUGCUUAUGGUUUAGAAAAGUAUGUUGCAGCGGUUGUUCAUGCUGUGAAGGAUGUAUGUAAUUGUCGGAACGUGAAGCACCCUGUGAUUUGCAGCGAGAGUGGUAGGGACAUUAUGUCUUAUCAUUCAAUUUUGAUUUUUGAGGCUAUUGGUGCAAGUACAAACACUGCUCCUUCAUUGUCCUCAAUUGGAUUGCAGUAUUUAGCAACAGGACUUUCGGAACAAGCACUUAGAGGGUAUCUCCAACACCGUGGUCAAGAAGGCGCAGGAAUCGUCACCGUGAAUAACAACCUCCUUCAAUCCAUCAUCGGCGUUGGUCUUGUUUCCGACGUCUUCAACGAAUCUAAGCUCGAUCAGUUACCCGGAAGCUUAGCGAUUGGUCAUGUUCGUUAUUCCACUGCUGGACAAUACAUGCUGAAAAACAUUCAACCUUUCGUUGUUGGGUACCAUUUUGGUUCUGUUGGGGUUGCCCAUAAUGGUAAUUUGGUUAACUAUCGCACUUUGAGAGCUAAGCUGGAAGAAACAGGUUCAAUUUUUAACAAUACUUAUGAUACUGAAAUUGUUCUUCAUUUGAUUUCUACUUCAAAACAUAGACCUUUUAUAUUGAGAACUGUUGAUGCAUGUGAGAAGUUUGAAGGGACUUAUUCUGUUGUGUUUGUUACUGAGGAUAAGCUUGUUGCUGUGAGAGAUCCUUUCGGGUUUCGACCUAUGGUUAUGGGGAGGAUAAGUAAUGGUGCUGUUGUUUUUGCUUCUGAGACGUGUGCUCUUGAUUUGUUUGAAGCUCAUUAUGAGAGGAAAGUAUUCCCUGGUGAGGUUGUUGUGGUUGACGAUAACGGGAUUCAAUCGUUUUGUCUCAUGUCUCAUCCGCAGCCGAAGCAAUGUAUUUUCGAGCAUAAUUACUUUGCUUUGCCUAAUUCUGUUGAUUUUAAAGGGAAACCUGUACUCAAGCAGAAUAUAGGCAAUUGGAAAGCUUGUCUAUUUAUCUUAGGCAACGAGUGCGGCGAACGGUUAGCAUACUAUGGCAUUGCAAAAAAUAUUGUUACUUAUCUCACCCGCAAAUUACAUCAAGGAAAUGUAUCUGCUGCAAGAAAUGUCACCACUUGGAAAGGCACUUGUUAUCUUUCACCACUCAUUGGAGCUGUUCUAGUUGAUUCUUACUGGGGGGCAAUACUGGACUAUUGUUGUUUUUUUCUGCUAUUUAUUUCAUUGGGAUGUAUACAUUAA